AUGUUGACCUGUUUGGGUCCCUGGCUGAGUGAUUGCCAUGCAGUGAAAGGUGUGGACCCAGGACCUCAAGCAUCUCAAGAAGAAACAGCAGUCGUCUACAACAACAUGAAAUCAACAGCGGACUAUCUGUAUGAAAUUCGGAAGGAACUGAGGUCCUUGACAAGCGAUGGUGCCAAGGACGGUGAAGGCACUGGUGAUUCCAAGGCAAGUGGGUCUCUGUCGGGAGGCACGUUGUCUAGACUGGAGGAUAAGCUAGACAAACUUGGAGAUAAGUUGGAUUCACUCGGUAAACAAACCACCUUCAUGGUCAAAAACUGGGAUGAGGACGAUGAAGAAGACAGGAGGCUCAAGGAACGCCACGCCGAGAACGGAGGAGAGAAAGGGCAUUUGAGCUACAAAAGCAACUUUUCGGGCGACAGCUCAAAGGGCCAGAUUCGGUACACAGCUCAAAAUCCAUUUUCGCCAGAUACCUCUGCAGCCAAUCAGACCAACGUCCAGUCAGCAUAA